AUGAAUAAAUAUCAAGAGCAGCAGCAACAGCUGCCAUUUGUUGUUGGCGUCGAUGCCACCACCACCAACACCAAUGCCAACAUAACGAGGCCAUUGGUGAUGGGUGGCGACAUUGAUCAACACACUGGCAACAGCAGUAACAGUAGCAGUAACAGUAACAUUAGCGAACAUCAUAAUCAUAAUCAACAUAACAGUUCAACUCUGGACACUUCAAUGUCCAGUGAUACAUCAUCAUCACCACCAAGUGUAAAGCCAACAACAACAACAACAAGUACUACUACAACAACAACUAUAACGACACCACAUAAAUCACCUCCACCUCCAACUCUCAAGAGUAAUCCAACAAAGAAACCAUCACUCUUUAUCAAUACCAACUUUUCACAACCAUCACCAUCACCAUCGCCACAUCAACAGCCAGAUCAAUUAGAUCAACAUCAUCAUCACCCAACUUCAUCAUCAGACAAGUCCAAACAUAAUAAUAGUAAUAAUAAUAAUAAUAAUGUACAAACACCUCAUUUGGUGCCAUCACUGGUGGACAAGCUCAAUAGUAUCAAUAUCACUCAUGGAAAGGUAGUUGUACCGCCUACUCCAACAUCAUCGGCUCACGUGAUCGGUCACUCUACGACGACACAGACAUCACCAGGCUCAAUCAAAGGAUUGUAUAAAGAUCCAUCAACGUCGUCUAUGAUGAUGAUGUUGUCAGGUGUGAGUGGUAGUAGCGCCACGGGCAUUGGUGCCAACCGUGUGGGUGCCACCACCCCACCCGUGUCCGCAUUGAUGACGCCAAAGAAGUUUGACACGAUACUCAAGGCCGACUUGAACCUGCCCAACCUCAACAUGGAGAACCCCUACGCCAAGCAGCAGCAGCAGCAGCAUCAUCAGCAGCAACUACAGCAGCAGCAACAAUAUCACAACGCUCAGAUGACGCACUAUCGUAAGAUUCGCGCGCACGGCGUUCUCUCCAAGAUAUUCGGCGCCGACAGCAGCCAGUACAUGGGUACUGGUCCGGCCAUUGGCUCGACGCCAAAGCUCGGCGCCUCGGUCUACAGCGGUUACUCGCCAUUCCUCGACUUCUCGGAUGAGGAGGGUGACGAAGACGACGAAGACGACAAUGGCAACGGCAGCAACGAUGGCAACUACGUGGGGGACAUCGACAUUGACAAGUUCUCCGACGGCACGUUCAGCAGCGCCAUCUCACCCAACGAGUCACCCAAGUCGACGCCCACAUCGCCAACAUAUCCGCCUGGGCUCUUGUCCAAUGUGUCUGCCAGCAUGAUAUCAUGGGUCUCUGGCGAGUCGCCCACUCGCAAGCUGGCCGCCACCAGAACAACUAUCAGUUCAAGUUACGCCGAACAGCUAACUGCCAAGCUUGUGGCGCCUACUCAGGGCAGUCUCCCAACAAUGCAACAAACAAACAGCAGCAUCAACAACAGCAGUGGAAUCAUAAACAACAACAAUAGCGUCAACAACAACAACAACAGCAACAACAUUGGCAAUGCGAAUACGACUACUUCGACGACGACAACAUCAUCAUCCUCCUCUUCUGGCAGCGACAGGUCAAUCAAGGAUAAUAGCAGAGAUGGUAGUAACAGGAGGCCCACCAAACUACUGAUACAGAAGUUCCUCUCAAAGAGCACGGGUGGAAGUGGUGGUGGCAGUAACACAGCAUUGGGCAACAGUCAUCCGCCCAUCAGCAAGUACACCGAGCCACCAUCAGCCCCGUAUAUCCUGCCACAAUCAAGUAAGGAGUCACUGAGCACAUUGAUGAAGGAUAAGAUUGGAUACGACCUCUUCCGCACCUUUUGUGAGAAAGAGCACUCUUUGUCAAACCUCGAGUUCCUGGAGGAUGUCGAGCAUCUCCAGAGCAUGACCACAACGGCAGCACUGCCAAACGAGGCGCUUGACGAGGCCAAGCGCAUUUAUAAUAAGUACUUGCAGGUUGGAGCAGCUGACGAGCUGGCAGUCGACAGCGAUCUGGUCGCACAGGUGCAGGCAAGACUAAGCAAUUGUAGCGGCAACAGUCGGCAACAACUAAAGACAUCGAGCGGAAGUUUGGCGGUCGAGCUCAGCGCCGCAGCCCUAGCCAACGAGGACACCACACUGGACAGGACAUUGUUUGACAAGAUAUAUCGUGUCAUUAAGGAGGACGUCACAUUGGACUCGUUCAAGAGGUUCUGCCACGCCUACAAUCAUUCUACAUCGAGUGGCGCAUUGGCCAUCAAUGGCAGUCGGUCGGUGUCACCUCCAACCACACCAUCGCUAAUGUCCGAGUCGCCGCCACUGGACAGCGCCGACCAAGUACCACUGUCACUCAACAACUCGCCACGCAAUCAUCAUCAUUCACAACUGCCGCAUCAUCAGCAGAUCACUUCACUGUCACCGCGCGGACAAUCUGAACGCCAAACAACAUCCAACUCAAACUCCUCAUCACCCGUGCACACGAGCCACCAUCAUCACCCACGCGAACCUCACCAUCAUCCAAGCAGCAGCAGCUCAUUGCCUGCGCUUGGCGUCAGUCUCCUGACGUCGCCACCACUGUCCCCUCGCAUAUCAAUGAUCAAGCCACUCUUCCUCAAACAGACACAAUCACUGCCAUCGUCCGAGAACUCAUCGCCACUGCUUCAAACCCAAUCAAUCAUCGAUGACAUGCAGCAGUAUGGUGUGGCGUUUGGUUUUAAGAGAGGAUGCUGCAAGGCACCUUGCGACUGUCUAGCGUACAAGUCACAGGGCCUCAACGGCGGAGCCUGUCUCAACUGUGGACACUAUCCUGCCAGCCACAAGAACCUGGGCAAGGCGAAUGCCUCCCCACUCAUCUAUCCCAACAGCUUUGAUCUGGCUUCCAAUGAUCUGCCCGAGAGCGUCACCGAGGUGUUCAAUGAGAUGAACAAGUUGGACCUGUCCCUGGUCCACAAGGAUGGCAGCAUGGAUGUAUCUGGUAUCGACUACAGCAACUACAACAUCACUGACAACAACAUUGACUAUGCCAGCGACUUGGACAUUAGCCAACAACCAUCAGACCUCAGCAGUGUGAUCAGUGGAGUGAGCGGUACCACACAGAGGACACAAGUGCCCAACCGGAUCGAUCACAGAUUGUUUUCAAACUUUAGCAACUGGAUCAUCGAUGGCGAUGACCUCGUUUUCAUGGAGAAGCUGGGCCAGGGAGCAUCGGCCAAGGUCUACAAGGCAGACUGGCGCAAUCAAGAGGUGGCCGUCAAGAUCCUCAAAAAGACACCUGAGCAACAGAAGCUGCAGGACUUUUUGAAGGAGUUGGAGAUCAUGAGCUCGCUGCGAUCGCCACACGUCGUCUACUUCUAUGGCAUUGUGCUGCAGCCGAGGAUCAGCAUGAUCAUGGAGUACUGCUCCAAUCUCUCUCUCCACCAUCUUAUGCACACCUCCAUGGACUUCUCGUGGGACUGGGUUAUCAAGUUCAGUACUGAGAUGGUCAAGGGCAUCAAGUGUCUACACAACUGGAAGCCAGUCAUUGUUCACAGGGAUUUGAAGUCCCUGAACCUACUUGUUACCGAUCAUUGGACGAUCAAGGUGGCAGACUUUGGACUGAGUAGAUUCCAAACAGGCAAGACUACUUUGAGAAAGACGAGAGGUACCUAUGCAUACUGCGCGCCAGAGGUGCACUUUGGCGACUCUACAGUCAAAGGUGACAUAUUCUCAAUUGGUAUCAUUAUAUGGGAGAUGAUUAUUAGAUGUAUGAGGGGCAAGUACGAACGACCUUAUGCAGAGUACAAACAGAUACAGUUUGACUUCCAGAUCCUGGUCCUUACAUCCAAGAAGAACAUCCGUCCAACAAUACCUCCCAACUGUCCAGAAGGCUUUGUAAAUCUUAUUAACCAAUGCUGGGAACUCGACCCAGAAAAACGUCCUACUUGUCCAGAGAUUCUCGAACAACUUCAGAGCUUGGAGCGAUCCUACCUCGAAAACAAGAAGCGAUGGGACAAGGUCAGGGAUAAGCCAAAGAAGGUCUAG